AUGCCUAGGGUCCAAAUCCUAACUAUAAAAACUGGCUUUGCUAGUUUUCUCGUGAGGCCAAUAAAGCUAUUCACUUUCUUUCAAAAUCAUUCACGUAUUUCACUCCACUCUGACUUUCACUUGUCUCAACUCAACCGAUCACUUCUAAGAGUUGGUAACGGGAAUGGAUUCUUGCUGUGUGGCUUUGAAACCCAAUACCCAUUUGGGAAACGCAAGUGGUUUCUGCAAUGGUGAUCCUGGGUUUUUGGGGGAGAGUGUUAGAGGGAGUUCUAAUCACAGGCUUUGGGCCAAUCAGUUGAGAACUGACAAGAGGAAGGUGAAACCUGGAGCUAUUCUUGCUGUUCUUACAUCAAACGACACCGAGGCUGUCUCUCAGACUCUGCAAAUGCCAAUGUUUAGACGGAGAGUAGACCCGAAAAAUGUAGCUUCAAUUAUAUUAGGAGGCGGUGCAGGGACACAGCUCUUUCCUCUUACCAAAAGAUCAGCGACACCCGCGGUCCCAGUUGGAGGAUGCUACCGGCUUAUAGACAUUCCAAUGAGCAAUUGCAUCAACAGCAAUAUAAACAAGAUAUUUGUACUGACGCAGUUUAAUUCUGCUUCUCUCAAUCGUCACAUUGCUCGCACCUAUUUUGGAAAUGGUAUCAACUUUGGAGAUAGAUUUGUAGAGGUGCUAGCAGCCACUCAAACGCAGGGGGAAGCAGGAAUGAAUUGGUUCCAAGGAACAGCAGAUGCUGUGAGGCAAUUUACAUGGGUAUUUGAGGAUGCCAAGAACAGGGAUGUUGAGAAUAUAGUGAUUUUGUCUGGCGAUCAUCUUUACCGAAUGGAUUAUAUGGACUUUGUGCAGAGUCACGUUGAUAGAAAUUCCGAUAUUACAAUUUCUUGUACAGCAGUGGGUGGCAGCCGCGCGUCUGAUUAUGGGUUGGUGAAGAUCGAUAGCAGAGGUAAAGUAAUCCAGUUUGCUGAAAAACCAAGGGGAGCUGAUCUAAAAGCAAUGCAAGCAGAUACCACGCUUCUGGGAUUGUCACCACAAGAUGCAUUGAAAACCCCCUAUGUUGCAUCAAUGGGAGUUUAUGUAUUUAAGACAGAAAUUUUGCUAAAUCUUCUGAGGUGGAGAUAUCCAACAUCCAAUGACUUUGGAUCUGAAAUCAUUCCUGCAGCAGUGAGAGAGCACAAGGUCCAGGCAUAUAUGUUCAGAGACUACUGGGAGGACAUUGGAACUAUAAAGUCUUUCUAUGAUGCUAACUUGGCCCUCACCGAAGAGAUUCCGAAGUUUGAGUUUUAUGACCCAAAGACACCAAUCUUUACCUCUCCUCGAUUCUUACCACCAACAAAGAUUGACAAGUGCCGGAUUGUGGAUGCAAUAAUCUCACAUGGAUGUUUCUUGCAAGAAUGUAGUGUCCAACAUUCAAUUGUGGGUGAACGUUCACGGUUGAAUUAUGGUGUCGAACUCAAGGAUGCCAUAAUGAUGGGUGCUGACAAUUACCAAACGGAAUCUGAAAUCGCAUCUCUGCUUGCAGACGGGGAGGUCCCAAUUGGCAUUGGAAGCAAUACAAAGAUUAGGAAUUGCAUAAUCGAUAAGAAUGCAAAGAUAGGGAAGGACGUUAUGAUCGUGAACAAAGAAGGGGUUCAAGAAGCAGACAGGCCAGAAGACGGAUUUUACAUUCGCGAGGGGAUCACAAUUAUUCUGGAGAAGGCAACAAUAGAAGACGGCAUGAUUAUAUAAUGGUAUUACCAUCUCAACUACUUUCGGAGGACAGUUGAAAAAGGGUAACGAGAAAAGACUCUUGCGGUCGUGUGCACAUUUGGCAUGAGCAAACAGCUUCUGCAGGACUUUUUACAAUAGACAAGUACCACCUUUGUUACUGUGUUUAAACUAGGAAAAUCCUUCAGAACUCGUGAAAAUGGAUUUUAUAAGCUUAAGAGUCGCGAGAUGUACAAAAAUAAGCUAAGAGAGCUGAUCGCCGGCUUCUUUUAUCUUUCGUGGAGCUGAUAUAUCCCUAAGAACCUAUGAACUUCUGUAUCAAUAUUUGAUUUAUGCGUAUGAAUAAUUGCAGUGAGUUUGAAAUA